UAAAUAAAUAAAUAAAAUAUAAUAAUUUAUAGUGCUCUGCAGGCACAAUGGUCUGUUAAUAAGAAACAAGUUUAAGGAUAUACAAGGAGGAUCUUUGAUCAAAUUGGUCAGUAGAGCUGAUAUAAUAUAUAACCCCAUUUGGAGAUGAUGUCAAAAGCCCAAAUUGAAGACCCUGGCUGAAUGGUUCUCCUGGCCCCUUUCCUGUGAUAGGCUGUGCUGCUGCCUCUGCACACAGUAGGUGCUCUGUGUUUGCUGAAUGAUAGGAAUAAAUACAGCUUUCCAAGUUGGUUAUUGAAAAGCCACAUACAGUAAGUAUUCCUGAGGAACUAUGAAAUCCUGAACAAUAGGGCAGGAAGCCACCUCCUCCUCUAGUGACCCCAGCCCUCAAGAGUCCAGCUGAAGGCUGCAACAGGAAGCCCCUCACCCACUGUCUUUUCUCCCCCUCUUCCCUACUACCCUCCCCCCACCCCCAGCCCAGGAGCACCAAAUGCAGUCCUGCUUCCCAUCCGCUCUCAGCCUCUUCUCCUCCACUCUCUGGAGGGUCCCAGGUGAAGAAAGAGAAAAGCAUUUACUCACAGAAGGAGGCAAGCAGCCAAGCUGCGCUUAGAGAGCCGUCCUGCCCCCAGGCAGGCCUGAGGAAUAAAGAAACAGCAAACAGCGAGAGGACAAAGAAGGACUUAAAGCACUGGAGCAAGGGGGAGAAAAGGCCUCAGAAAGUUUACAAAGCAAUCUGUCAGAGAAGGAAUGAAAAGGGACCCCGCUGGGCUGAGGGGCUCAGGCGCCCGCCUCACCUUAGGCCUGGUUAGAAACCUGCAAUUACUUAGCCAAAGUCUGAACCAAUCCCCCUCCUCCUUGUCCCAGAGGUUUCCCUGAGCGUGAAGCCUCAAUUUGCUGGGUUUCUGGCAGCCCCAAAUACCUCUGCUCUACUGGGCUCACUACACCAUGUGCUUGAACCCACCAAACUGGCCCAGCUCCCAGUUCCCUCUAGAUUUCUAGCAGAAACACUAUGUGAGGAAAAGGUCACCAGCAGAUCCUCACAGCUAUGGAGCCACUCUGACUUCCCAGAUUUUCAGAGCCAGUGAAAAUAUCCACAGGCCUUUCUGGAAGUCUCCCCUGCCAGUAACGGCAGGAUUGAUAAUAACAACAGCUAUCAUCUGAGUGCUUACCCCGUGUGGAGUGCUUAAAGUCAUAUCACUUAGUGCUCACCACCGCCUUAGGUAUGAUUACCCCAUUUUACAGAAAAAGAAAUGGGCCUGGAGAGAUUAAAUGACUUUCCAAAGGACACACAGCCUGGAUUCCAAAGCAGGUCUGUCUGACCUUGAUGCUCAUACUCUCCCCACAGAGGGACACUGCCUCUUGGGAACCCUCUACGAUUCCAUUUUUUUGUGGUACUCAUACCAAUUUUAGAUGGGGUAGGAUGGUACAAUUCUGUGGUAUCUAAAGAAUUCCUAGCCUCACAGUUGGGGGUGAGGCAUGGGAGUGGGAGAGUUUGCCUGACGUCUGGGUAGGGUCCUAGUUCUUUUUAGACACUUGAGUAAUUUAACCAUAAAUAACUGGGCACUGGGAACAGGACACUCACUAAUAAAAGCAUAGCCUGGAGUCAUGUUCAGGAAAAAAAAAAAAAAUUCAAGUCACUCAGUGGGUGGAUGUAUCCGCAAAACAAAAGAAAAGCCCCUUUCCCAGCCCAGGCAGAGAAGUCUCCUGUACAGUUAAGAGACAACAGGCUUCUGGGCACGUAGCCAAGGUUCUGGGGAUAUUUAUAACUUGAAGAGGGUGGGAGUCCCUAAUAAGCUGCUAUAUUCUUUUUCCAUCACUUCCCUCUCCAAGGCUACAGCGAGCUCGGAGCUCUUCCCCACGCAGAAUGCCUGCUUUCCCUACUCCUGGGCUUCCAUUGUCUAAUUUUCUCCUCCUGGCUGGGGAAAGGGAAGGCUGCAAGCCCUUCCGUUCGGAGGAACUCCAGUUGAAUACAGUUUAGCUGCUGGUGGUGUUUCUUGGCUAGCUCCUGUGGUCUUAGGGAUCUGCCCAUGAGCCUGCGGUUUCUCUGAGCUGCCUGCGAGUCUGAGGUCUCGGGAAUCUGAGUCUUUGGGAUCCGCCUACGAUCUCUGGGCUUUACCUGCAAGUCUACGGAUUCGAGAUCUACCUGGAGGUCUGAGAUAUCCGGGAUCUGCCAGUGAUCUCUAGAACCUUUCCGAACGCCUAAAGUCUCAGAGAACUCUGCCUGCGGAUUUGGAAUCUGUUUGAGGCCUCUCGGAUCUUGGAGCUGGCGAUCUAGUGGAUUUUUUGCGGGACAGGAGCGCUGUCUGCUAGCUGCUUUUCCUGCUCUCUCUUCUGGGAGGUGAAACCUUGAGCCCGCGAUGGCAGCCACCCUGCUCAUGGCUGGGUCCCAGGCACCUGUGACAUUCGAAGAUAUGGCCAUGUACCUCACCCGGGAAGAAUGGAGACCUCUGGACCCUACACAAAGGGACCUUUACAGGGAUGUUAUGCAGGAGAAUUAUGGCAAUGUUGUCUCGUUAGAUUUUGAGAUCAGGAGUGAGAAUGAGGUGAAUCCAAAACAAGAGAUGAGUGAAGAUGUAGAAUUUGGGACCGUGUCUGAAAGACCUGUUGGGAAUACUGAGAGAAAUCCUGAAAGUGAUGAGGCCUUUGAAAGCAGGGAAAGAUCAGAAAGACAAUGGGGAGAUUUAACAGCAGAAGAGUGGGUAAGCUAUCCUCUCCAACAAGUCACUGAUCUUCUUGUCCACAAAGAAGUCCACACAGGCAUCCGCUAUCAUAUAUGUUCUCAUUGUGGAAAGGCCUUCAGUCAGAUCUCAGACCUUAAUCGACAUCAGAAAACCCACACUGGAGACAGACCCUAUAAGUGUUAUGAAUGUGGAAAGGGCUUCAGUCGGAGCUCACACCUUAUUCAGCAUCAAAGAACACACACUGGGGAGAGGCCCUAUGACUGUAAUGAGUGUGGGAAAAGUUUUGGAAGAAGCUCUCACCUCAUUCAGCAUCAGACAAUCCACACUGGAGAAAAGCCCCACAAAUGUAACGAGUGCGGGAAAAGUUUCUGCCGGCUCUCUCACCUAAUCCAGCACCAAAGGACCCACAGUGGGGAGAAACCCUAUGAGUGUGAGGAAUGUGGGAAAAGCUUCAGCCGGAGCUCUCACCUAGCUCAGCACCAGAGGACCCACACAGGCGAGAAGCCUUAUGAGUGUAACGAAUGUGGACGAGGCUUCAGUGAGAGAUCUGACCUCAUCAAACACUAUCGAGUCCACACAGGGGAGAGGCCCUACAAGUGUGACGAGUGUGGGAAGAAUUUCAGUCAGAACUCUGACCUCGUGCGCCAUCGCAGAGCCCACACGGGAGAAAAGCCGUACCACUGUAAUGAAUGUGGGGAGAAUUUCAGCCGCAUCUCACACUUGGUUCAGCACCAGAGAACCCACACGGGGGAAAAGCCGUAUGAAUGUAACGCUUGUGGGAAAAGCUUCAGCCGAAGCUCUCAUCUCAUCACACACCAGAAAAUUCACACUGGAGAGAAGCCCUACGAGUGCAAUGAGUGUUGGCGAAGCUUUGGUGAAAGGUCAGAUCUAAUUAAACACCAGAGAACCCACACGGGAGAGAAGCCCUAUGAGUGCGUGCAGUGUGGAAAAGGUUUCACCCAGAGCUCCAACCUCAUCACUCAUCAAAGAGUUCAUACGGGGGAGAAGCCUUAUGAAUGUACAGAAUGUGAGAAGAGUUUCAGCCGGAGCUCAGCUCUUAUUAAACAUAAGAGAGUUCACACCGACUAAGUCCUGUAAUUAUGAUGACUCGGAAAUGAUUCAUUUGAAGGUACAAUUUUAUUUGAUAUCAAAGAGCUCUCUCAGGACUGAGCUGCUUUUACCAUACUGAUUUUCCUUGUUGUGGGCCAAGGUUUAAAACAUCAAAGAAGACAAGCCACUUGAAAUUCUGACCCAUAGCUUUUGGAAUGUUAUCCCCUCCUCCAAAACAGUGAUUUUUAUUCACUUGAAUGACUUUAUCAAAAUCAGCCUCACAAGUAACUGGAAAUAUGAAGACCAGGGGAUAAAUGCUGGUAAAUGCUCGAGCCUGGUAAUGGAGUAAAUCUUUAAAAGUUAUUUCUCCCAUCCUUGGGUCAAAGAACUGUGCUAAGGGAAAUGUUGGACUGUGAUAGGGUGGUCACAGCUGCUUUGGAAAAAGACAACCAGAGACUUUGCCUGAAUUGCCAUACCUGUUCACUCACCAUGGUAGUUGGGCACACAUAUCUUCCCCUUCAAAGGGCUUUUCCCUUGAGUUGCUCAUGCGUUUGUAUCUUUCUGUCUUCCUGAGAGCAGGAUUCUGCACAAUGAAGGCACUGAUCAUAACUUUUCUCCUCAUUGUUUCUAAUUAACUUUUUUAAAGCUUGCAUCUUUGUGAAAGCUAACUGAAGACACAGAUUGAAACGAAAAAUGAGAUACAGGUUUGGGGACCAAGGACUCAUCAGCGGUGGUGACUUUAGCAAGAAAUGUCUGCUGUUGUUAUUGCCAUUAAUCAUAAUUUAUUAAUUUUCUUUGGGGAUCACUGUAGGGAACAUUGUAGCGAAAAUAUCUUCAAGGACAGAUAGGACCGUAAGUGAUGAUGGAGUGUAAGUGGAACUGACCGCUUCAGGGAAGGAUGCACAGAGUCCCUUCCCAAGGAACACAGGUCAUGUUUCUUUCAGAUCAGUUCUCCCUAUACUGCUAACUCUCGAAUUUGAUAAGGGCCACAUCCCAGCGUUAUCUUAGCUUGCAUAAGGGCAUGUGUUUGUACAGUAAAACAUGUAUUCCUGUGGUUUUUCCAAUAGCAGAAACUGAAUUCACACAGAAUUAGCAUGUUCUUGGGCGAUGUUGAUCAUGUGACAGAACUGCAGACAUAACUCCAAUGUGAGAAGUGUCCUUUGUUUUCUUUCUUUAUGGAAAAAACAUUUCAACACUGGUGCUCUAGUGUGCACUCUCCUGUAAGAUCUGUCUUUGUACAGAACUAAGCACUUGUCUAUAUGUGUCAGUCAAUUGUGGGAGAUCGUGACCGGACAAAUAGGUUGAUUGUCCUGUUCUCAGACUGAGUUAUCUUCUCUUUGGCCUAGUCACAAGGAAUUAAUAAACCUAGAUAGGAAUGUAUUUCCAUCCUUCCAGCUUGCAGAUAUGAGUGGUUAAAGUAAAGGUUGACCCAAUUUAAGCCCAGUAGUGUCAGUUUUCCUUAUCUCAGCCCAAAUAGGAAUUAAGAAAUAUCCCAAAUGUUGAUGCUUAUCCAGGCAUUUGGAGAAGGGAGUAUUGAAGAAAGUAUUGAUGCCCAGGAGAUGGGAUGGAGUGAGGAAUUUUUUUUUGGCGCAUGCAUGCCCCAAGUUAUUUCUACUGUGCUUUAUUGUGAGUGUUGUAACAUUUGAAAAAUUCUUUUGCCAUAGCUCUUUGGUACUUGGUGUUAAAGGAGCCAGUGGUCUCUCUUGGGUAGUGUACUAUAGUGAGUUAUUAUGGCCCACACCUGUGUGGGACUGCAUCCCUUGCAAAUGGCACAACCUCGAAAGUAACAAAAUAAAAAACUACUCCACCAAGGAGAUUUCUUUAUGUUGCCACUCCUAUUUAACUACAAACUCGGGCAGGGAGCAUGUUUUUUGUUCUAUACAAAAUCUAGCCAACUGGGUAUUCAUAUUUUAAUUGUUGAAUGACUUACAUGUUCUUGAUGACUAAGCUCAAAUAUAUUUUUUCCCGUAUCAGUGUUGCUGAUGGUUUUAACGAAUAUCAGAGUUCUCCUGUUGUUUCUGUGAGCCACUACGAGCAUCAGCUUUGGAGUGGCCAUAGAAGACAGCAUUUCCAUGAUCUAACUGUAUUUCACCCCCUUUUCCUUCCCUACUCUCCUGCCCCACCCCAGCCUGUUCGUGCUGCUGCUUUUGGCUUCUAAGUGCCCCAGCCAUCUCUCCCUACAUGUACACUUCAGCUGAGAAGUUAAGAGGGCAAGGGCCAGACCAGCUCUGUUUCCUCUCUUUCUGCCAAUUGCUGCCCAUCUGCUGUGCUGAACUUUGUGUAGAAGUUGUGCAUCAGAUUCUCUCUGCUAAUGCGUUUUGCAUGCCUUCUGCUCCCAAGUCUCUAGCUGCUUCUGCACAUACCCUGAAUGCUUUGUGCCUGUUUUCUAUGGUUGUGGAGAGUGAGUGAACGAGUAAGUACGUAGAGCAGUUUUCCUUAUGGUAUUGGUCACAGUUAUCCUAGUGUCUGUCUACAUCUGUAUUAUUAUAAUAAUAUUCUAUAAUUAAAAGUAUAAUUUUUAAAAUCAAAAAACUGAGAAUUAUUUUAGUAAUCCAGCACUGAUUCAUAAAAUGUCUUUUCAUCAGAUUCAUUAAAAUUGGGCACAGUUGUCUUUA